AAUUUUAAUCUAAUUUAAUUGUUUUCACAGAAAACAAAAAAUAUGUUACGUAAAAGAAAUGGUAGUACUUCAGUCAGGCUAACAAGAGGACUUUCUCAGAAGACUCUGGAUACCACGGAUAACGCUUUAUCUCCCACGAAAUCACUGACUAGGACUUUUCUUUUAGAAACGCCAGUUCAGUUCACUACGGGCGUGCAAUCUCAAGAAAGGCAUCUUUUCCUCUUUACUGAUCUUUUGCUGAUUGCGAAAGCUCGUAGCAGCGGGAACUUUAAGCUGAAGCAAAUUGUGAAAAUGAGUGAGCUUUGGCUCACGGUCGGUCACAUAGAAGACGUGGCAGAAACCAACAAGUCCGCUGAAACCAGCUUCGUCAUUGGCUGGCCUACUACGAACGUUGUAGCUACUUUCAUGACCGCCGUAACGCGAGAUCUCUGGUGGGGACGUUUGAGUGAUCUCGUGCAAAAAGAGAGCAUGAAGGAGCCACCAGAGACGAACAUUCAAAUCGUAUAUCAUGAUAACGAUACGCACACCGACUACUUCAAAACGAUCAAGGUCCGUUCCGACAUGAUAGCGCAUGAUUGCGUGAAGGAGGCAAUGCCAUUGUGGGAUCUUCAAGGACUUUUCCAGCUUUGGGCUCAAACGUUUCUGGACGAAUCACCAUAUCCGUUGCUAGGACACGAGCGACCAUUCGCCAUAAAGAUGUCGCGUUUACGACACAUGCUAUCGACAGAUGAGGGUUUCGAUCUGGUGCACAUCAACAAUAGCGGCGUCGACUUAUGUCAUUUUAUUCUCAGGCCCGUGAUGAAGACACCCGCAAAAAAGAACAAUCGAUCAAAAAUAACCGGCUUGUUGCGUCGCUCGUUAUCGUUAAAUACGAACCUUUUUGGUGUACCUCUGUCGCGGUUGGACGAGAAUGGUCUGCCCAAACCUGUUCUUGUGAUGUUACAACAAUUAUUCGCAAAAGGUCCUUUUAUGCAGGGAAUAUUUCGCAAAUCUGCAAAUGUUCGAAUUGUUCGAGAGUUGCGAGAACAGAUCGAGUCCACAGGAGAUCCUAGUUGUCUGGAAGAUGCUCCAAUUGUAGCAGUGGCAGCUUUGCUGAAAGAUUUCUUGAGAUCUUUGCCGGAUCCUCUCUUAACCUUUCAUUUGUUUCCCCUCUGGAUGGACAGUUUAAACAUGCCGAAUCCUGUCCAAACCAUUAAAAGCAUUUUAGAUAGGCUACCGAGGGUAAAUUUCACGUUACUUUCACAUUUAAUUUGUGUACUGCAUCAUGUGGCGAGGCGAUCGAAACGUAAUCUCAUGUGUGCCAGCAAUCUUGGCGUUUGUUGCGGUCCGAGUUUGCUUUGGUCCUCAAAUCCAUCGGUGAAUCAGAGUAGAGCGAUACCGACAAUCACAGAAAUGUUAAUACGUCACUGUGAAGAUUUGUUUGGCACCAAUGUCACACAGCUUCUCGGAGAAGAUACACGCAGCGAUAGUGGAGCCGAGGAAAGUACCGAUAGUCUUCACUCAGGUGGAAUAUCCUUGGAUAGUUUGGAGCUAACAGAAGCACCGCAAAGAGAUCCUAUGUCUUUGUCAAGAGAUUCAGGCUUGACCUUAUCAGAUUGCCAAUUAUUUAUUCCGGAAUCGCCCGUAGGCUCAGAAGAUUCUGCCCCAAAUGCCUCAUCGUCUACCAAUUACGAUAAAUCUUUUGCGAAAGAGGAAAUGUCUAAUAAUAAAACUUACAUGUCAGUUUAUAGAUGCGGGUGGGAGGAUAGGUUAAAUAGUUACGGAUCCAGCAAUCAUAAUCAUAUGAAUAACACGGAGCACAACUUCAGAGAGGAAAAGACCAACGGGUGUUAUCCCAAUCCGUCUCAAUCAUCCAAUUUCCAACGGCAAGAUUGGUUGCGAGCACAGCUCAAAAGAACACCCAGAACGAACAAAUUAGACGAACACGAGCACAGAAAAGAGAGAUUUAGUGACAAGGACACAUAUGAUAGGGAUUAUCUUAGACAGGAUACGAUGAAAGAAAAUGUGGAGAACUGCAAGACUUAUCGAAGACAGUUGAAUGUAAGCUAUGAUAUAUUAACAGAGGAUUACAAUAAUAAAAGCUUGCAGCAGGACAUCCGAAGCGCUGAACGGGUGUCCAUUCACGACUCGGAGCAGGAUCUAACGGGUGGUGGCGAUACGCCUCGCUCUGGUAGCGAUUGUUAUGAGUUUAAGAAGGUCAAAUCCUCCGAAGUUCAAUACGUGAGUCUAGAGUCACCGAUGUCGGAGAAAGAGCGUCGUCGUCAAGCUCGCGAUCGUGAAUUAUACGAUGACUUUGUUAGGGUAAAGGCAAUAUACAUGGAAGCGCUUAAAUACUGCAAAAGUAAAGAAAAUGGUGAAUCUAACGGUAAAAUUACAUAUUGUGAUGAGAUGAGUCGAUCGACUGAGGUCUAUGGAACCACGGAUGUGAACAAUUCCUACAAAAGUGUGAUCGAUCUUAGCGAAGAUGAACAGGAGGAAAGAACUACAUUAUGGCCAGACACACCGCCGCCAUUGCCACCAAGGCUCAGACACCUGCCGCCGGUGCAUAUGAACCUUGAGGACAGGCAUAAAGUGACGGGUAGAUCUAGAUCUCUACCACCGCCGCCACCCUACCGACCACCACCGCAACCUCGCGCUCCUAUCACAACGAGGCAUCUAGGAUUCGGCAGAUCCAUUGUCGACGAUGAGAGUUAUGUUUGAGAACAAAUUGCGAAUUCUCUACUGGCUCUUAAUUAUCGAAUAUAUAUAUUUUCCUCUCAUUAUCCCGGCGUGUAUAAUGUCAAAGUCGUAGAUUCGCUACGAUGAUUGAACCUAGUCCAAACUGAAACAUGUAUUGGGAUAAAGAGAUGGCGUUUUCU